AUGACCUCCUCACUAUACCGUUCACCCUCAUUAUGUAGUAUCAUGACACCAAAUGUGUCAUUGGAUAUGCAUGAGGAAGUUAUUGCUUUUCCACAGUCUGCUGAAUUGAAUUCCGACGUAGGUAUUCAGACUGGCCCGGAGUCAAAAUUAUCCGCCAUUAGUUCCUCGUCGAAUACAGGAAACAUUCCGAUAGUUUAUGAGCCAACGGAAGCAUUACCACCUUCUAAUGCACCAUUGAGUCCACUGCUAUAUUUACAAAAACAGUAA